AUGAGUAUCCUCAAAGAACAGCUUGAACAAGGUAUCAUUGAAAGAGUUACCAACAACGAUUGUGCCAAAAGACAAGUUCAGUAUUUACCACACCGACCAGUCCUUCGUGAUGAUAAACCAAGCAUCAAAGUACGCAUGGUAUUCGAUGCAAGUUCAAAAUCAGUGGGACUGGCUUCAUUAAAUGAUUGUUUGUAUGCUGGACCAUCUUUAACCGAGCCUUUAUAUAACGUCUUAUUGCGCUUUCGAUCUCACAAAGUAGCCUUCAUUGCUGAGAUCGAGAAGGCAUUUUUACAAAUUAGUUUACAUUCAACCGAUCGUGAUUUUGUUCGUUUUAUUUGGCUUAAAGAUUUACAUAAUUUAUCAGAACAAAACAUUGAAACUGCAGAAAUUGGUAUUUAUAGAUUGAGUAGAGUAUUGUUUGGUAAGUUAUUGAGUUCACUUCACGUUGAUGAUCUAACUUCCGGUGGCGCUACUGUUAAUGCAGCACAUGAUUUUUACCAGAAAUGUAAACAACGUCUCGCUGAAGCAAAUUUCAAUCUGCAUAAAUUUCAUUCGAAUUCCGAAGAGUUGGAACAAUUAGUUACCAAACCCCAUGUUCUCAUACCGGACAUGUUACCAAAGUUCUUGGUGUUUUGUGGGAUAAAAAGAAAGAUUCGCUCUUAUUCACAUUCGACGACAUUUAAGGUUAGCGAAGGACAUAGCGACAAAACGACAAUUGAUUAA